CGUAUGAAAACCGCAGAAGUCAUUCGCGAAAUCCAACAAUAUCAGUCUGUUCCUUACUUUUUGAAUCUGGUGCAAGAAAUUCAAAUAUUCAUAAAGAGUCAUUUACAAGAUAGCCGGGAUGUCAACGAAUUAUAUGAACAAAGUCUUGCAAUGGAACCACGGGAACGUGUGGAUGAAAAAAUUGCACGAUUGUUACAAGAAUCUGAGUUCUUAUGA